AUGGCCUCUUCAACUUUUCUUCACUCAUCUUCUUUCCUUCUGCUGAUUCUCCCUUUUCUCCCAUCUGUGUUCAGCCUGACCUGUACUGUUACUAGCAUACAGUUAAAUUCCUCUCUAGUCACCAAUGACACAGUUCCAUGGACUUCACCUUUGGGCCACUUUGCCUUUGGUUUCCGAAGUGUUUUAUUCGACAACAAGGAAUUCAAGUCCGUGCUCGCCGUUUGGUUCAACAAAGACCCCAACCAAACCAUAGUAUGGCAUGCAAAACCAAAACAAGAUCCUUCUUUUCCUCCAAGCUCCACGCUGAACCUCACAAGCAAAGGAAUUGUAGUGUACCACCCAAAUAGCCACGAGAUAUUGUGGCAACGUCCACAAAAUAACAGCGUUCCCUUAGUAUCAUGUGCUUCUAUGCUAGACAAUGGAAGUUUCGUGCUUCUUGAUAACACUGGAAAACAGGUUUGGGAGAGCUUUGAAGAGCCCACAGAUACCAUUUUGCCUGGUCAGAAUUUAAAUAAAUCUAAAGACUUCAGGGCACGUCAAUCUGACACGAGUUUCUAUGAUGGCAGUUUUCAACUGAGUUGGCAGGGCGAUAGCAACUUGGUUCUUUACUAUUCGCCAAAAUCGAGCGAUGAAACCUCUCAAUCUCCAAAACAUGAUGCUUACUGGGCCACUGGAACUUUCGGAACUGAAUCACAGCUCUUCUUUGACGAGUCUGGACACAUGUACAUAAAGAAUGACUCGGGUGUUGUCAUCAGUGAAGUUCUGAACGGUGGAUCAGACGAGUUCUUGUACAUGGCAAGAAUUGAUCAUGAUGGGGUUUUCAGACUAUAUCGCCACAGGAAAGAUGAGAACGCGGUUGCUGGUAGCUGCAGUUCGGGGUGGUGGAGUGUGGUGCAACAGUAUCCGCAAGAUAUUUGUCUUUCCUUCACGAGGCAAACUGGUAAUGUUAUCUGCGGUUAUAACAGCUACUGUGUUGCCAUCAAUGGGGAGCCAGAUUGUCAGUGCCCUGAUCAUUAUUCUCCUUUUGAGCAUGACAACCUCACAGGUUGUAGGCCAGAUUUUCCACUGCCAAGCUGCAACAAAGACGGGUGGGAGCAGAAUAAGGAUCUUGUGGAUUUCAACGAGUAUUCAAAUUUGGACUGGCCUCUCUCUGAUUAUGACAUGUUGGUUGGAACUGCAAUGGACAAGCAUAUGUGCAGACAAAAGUGCCUAGAAGAUUGCUUUUGUGCUGUGGCCAUAUAUGGUGAGGAAAGUUGUUGGAAGAAGAAGUAUCCCUUGAGCAAUGGAAGGAAGCACCCUAAUGUUACUAGAAUAGCUUUUGUCAAGGUGCCUAAAACAAAUUUGAAAGAGGGUGAGAGAGAAAAUUCUUCCCUUGUGCUUGUCAUAUCAAUACUUCUUGGGAGCUCAGUGUUCCUCAAUUUCCUUCUAUUGGUUGCAUUGUUUGCUGCUUUUUUCAUUUUCUACCACAAGAAGCUUUUGAAUAAUCAAAACUUGUCAGCUUCAACGACAAGGUACUUUACUUACAAGGAGCUUGAAGAAGCAACCACAGGGUUUAAACAGAUGUUGGGUCGAGGUGCUUUUGGAACGGUCUAUAAAGGGGUGUUAACAUCAUACACAAGCAGGUAUGUUGCUGUGAAGAGGCUAGACAAGGUGGUGCAAGAGGGUGAAAAGGAGUUCAAAACAGAAGUGAGUGUGAUUGGACAAACCCACCACAGGAAUUUGGUUAGUUUACUUGGCUAUUGUGAUGAAGGGGAGCAUCGUCUUCUAGUGUACGAGUACAUGAGCAAUGGCUCAUUGGCUAGCUUUCUCUUUGGGAUCUCAAGGCCUCAUUGGAACCAAAGAGUGCAAAUUGCUUUGGGGAUUGCAAGAGGUUUGACAUAUUUGCAUGAAGAGUGCAGCACUCAGAUCAUUCAUUGUGACAUAAAGCCUCAAAACAUACUCCUAGAUGAGUUGUUCACGCCUAGGAUUGCUGAUUUUGGGUUGGCAAAGUUGUUGUUGGCUGAGCAAAGUAAAGCUGCUAAGACGGGUUUGAGAGGGACAAUUGGUUACUUUGCACCCGAAUGGUUUAGAAAAGCUUCGAUUACAACUAAAGUAGAUGUUUACAGUUUUGGAGUGGUGUUGUUAGAGAUCAUAUGUUGCAAAUCUAGUGUUGCCUUUGCUAUGGAAAGUGAAGAAGAGGCGUUCAUAGAUUGGGCAUAUCGUUGUUAUAGCCAAGGGAAAGUGGUUAAAUUGGUAGAAAAUGAUGAGGAGGCAAAGAAUGACAUGAAGAGGGUGGAAAAGGUUGUGAUGGUUGCAAUUUGGUGCAUUCAAGAAGAUCCUUCGCUGAGACCCUCCAUGAAGAAGGUUACCCAAAUGCUUGAGGGUGUUACGACAGUUUCUGUCCCUCCUCGCCCUUCCAUAUUCACUACAUCAUCGUUUAAAACUUCAUUUAUUUUGUAA